AUGUCGUGGAGAGCUUCGGAGCGUCUGAUGGACACCAUCCGUCACUAUGCUCGCUUUCCCGCCACUGGCGUCAGCUUGCGCCAGAUGGUGCAGUUUGGCGAGAAACCCUCAGUCGGCACUUUAUUCCGAGCUUCUCAGUUCUUAGCCGAGGAGCUUCCUAUCCGUCUAGCUCAUCGCGUGCAAGAACUCGACGAGCUUCCAGAUGGCCUCAAUGAGAUGCCGUCUGUAAUCAAGGUUAAAGAUUGGUAUGCCCAAUCGUUCGAGGAAAUCACACAGCUACCUCGGCCAGAACUACCCUCGGAUGUCAAAACUCGUCUCAUGAAACCCAGCAAAGCUAUCGGUCGCAAUGCUUUCCGUCUUCCCGCCGCAACCCCCAAUCCAUCCAUUGACGAAGGCGAGUCCGACGGCUGGGGCGGUCUCCAGAACAACAACAGCAAGAACAAGGGUCUCACACGCCGAUACUUUGCAGUUGUUGAUGACUCAAGUGACUGGCCCGCCGAUCUUCACCUGUACAACCAACGUUUCGCUCAGACCCUGCACCAAAUCAAGCGCCGUCAUGAUAGCGUCGUCACCACCAUGGCCCAGGGUAUCCUCGAAUACAAGCGCCGUCGCCAGCGCAUGCAAAUUGACAGCACCAUCCAAUCGUUCCUCGAUCGCUUUUACAUGUCCCGUAUCGGUAUCCGUAUGCUCAUCGGCCAGCACAUUGCCUUGACAGACCAGAGCCAUCAUCGCGACCCCACCUAUGUCGGUAUCAUCUGCACAAGAACCAACGUCCAAGAUCUAGCCCAAGAAGCCAUUGAGAACGCCCGUUUCGUCUGCGAGGAUCACUACGGUCUCUUCGAAGCCCCUAAGGUCCAACUCGUCUGCAACCCCAACCUCAACUUUAUGUACGUUCCCGGCCAUCUGUCGCACAUGCUCUUCGAGACCCUCAAGAACUCGCUGCGCGCCGUUGUCGAGACCCACGGCAUGGAGAAGCAGGCUUUCCCUGUUACAAAGGUUAUUGUCGCAGAGGGCAAAGAGGAUAUCACCAUCAAGAUCUCUGACGAGGGUGGCGGUAUUCCCCGAAGCGCCAUUCCUCUUGUUUGGACUUAUAUGUACACCACUGUCGACCGCACACCGAGCUUAGAUCCCGAUUUUGACAAGAGCGACUUCAAGGCCCCAAUGGCUGGUUUUGGUUAUGGAUUGCCCAUCUCACGUUUAUACGCCCGCUACUUUGGUGGUGACUUGAAACUCAUCAGCAUGGAAGGAUACGGUACCGAUGUCUACCUCCACCUCAACCGUUUAUCCUCGUCCUCCGAACCUCUCCAAUAG